AUGUUACUUCCCUCCCCUUUCUCGCGAUAUAGCGGGUCCAUUAGCUCGCUGAAACAGAAGUGGCGCAGCUACGCCGAAACCAGACGGAAUAGUCACGACGAAGAUCCCCUCGCUCACCGCAUGAUCGACGUCUUUCUGCGUACAUGGGACCUAGGAUUUAUUGCUUUCGGGGGCCCUCCUGUACACUUUCAAAUUCUCCACGCCCGAUUUGUGGAAGGGAAAGGAGGGAAACAGAAAUGGGUGGAUGAGCAGACUUAUCAGGAGCUCUUUGCUAUCUGCCAGGGCCUUCCUGGCCCAGGCAGCACAAAGAUGCUCUUUUGUCUUGUUCUACUCCAUGCGGGAGUAAUUCCGGCUAUUAUGGCAUUUUUCCUUUGGAGUCUUCCGGGGGCAAUCGGCAUGUACGCCCUCUCGGUUGGUAUCCAGAAUGUUAGCGAGAGCCUUCCUGGGCCGGUAUACGCUCUCCUAUCCGGGCUUAAUGCUUCAACUGUCGGUAUUGUCGCGGUUUCUGCAGUGCAUCUCGCAGAAAAAGCGAUUCAAGAUAAAAUUUCUCGCAUUCUUAUUAUUUUUGGUGCAUGCGCAGGCCUCUGUUAUAACACUCUGUGGUACUUUCCGGUAUUGAUGCUUAUUGGAGGUCUCACUAUCGCUAUAUGGGAUGGAUGGUUGUUUUCCCUAAUACACAGGACAAGACUUGCCUGGAAGAACAGGCAUAGAAAACCAGCUGAUUCAGAGGAGACGAACAUAGAUUCCACGCCGAUGGACUCUAUCUCACCCGGACAAUUGGAGCGGAAUGGAACGCUUCGGUCAAGGAAGGUUGAUCCUGGUGGAGCUUUGCCACAAUCCUCUGGGGCCUUGUUGAACUCAUCGCGGCAGAUAGAGAGUGAAGCAAGUCAACAACCGAAAUAUAGUAUUCGCGUUCGGACUGGAGUUGCUAUAUUAAUUAUUUUCUUUGCUUCCUUCAUUGCAAUUCUUGUCGCUAGAGCUAAAUUGAUGCCCCCUCCACUCCCGCUUGAUCUAUUCGCCGGCAUGUACCUCGCAGGAACUGUGAUUUUUGGUGGAGGUCCAGUUGUCAUUCCGCUGCUUCGCUCUUAUGUUGUUGGUCCUGGCUGGGUUUCUAGCCGUGACUUUCUGAUAGGCUUAGCCAUUAUCCAAGCCUUUCCGGGGCCUAACUUCAACUUCGCUGUCUUCUUGGGUGCGCUAGCUCUCCAGCAUUCGCAAUACCCAACUGUCUUCGGCGGAAUUCUAGGUGGGCUAGGCAUUUUUGUCCCGGGAAUUACCCUUGCCGUUGCAAUCCAGAGUUUCUGGAGCGCGUUACGGAAGAGGAGGUCUGUGAUUCGUUUCUUGCGAGGUGUCAAUGCCACAGCAAUUGGCCUGGUAUUCACCGCUGUGUACCGGCUAUGGGAGAUUGGCUACUUGACCGCGGCUAAUAGCGCUGGACAAAGCCUGGCAAACGACCCGUGGUGGUUAGUAGUGGCAACUGUGUCAUAUGCAAGCAAUGCAUGGUUUCGGUUGCCUCCUGCUGGGUCGAUUAUUGUUGGCGCAGUACUAGGUCUGUGCUGGUACGGAGCCGUAGGGCGGUAG